CAAUUUCAACAUUACAUACUACAAAAGAACUGCAAUAGCCCGUUGUGAUGGACUCAGGGAAAGAGGGUGAGGCACCAGCAGCCACCAGCAGCCCAGAAUCGAGGAGGACCAGGAGCAAUGGAAAAGUGAAAGCUUUUGCUGAUGCUGCGCCACCUUCUGCAACUGUAGUUUCCACAAAAGCUACCCCACUCCCAAGAGGUGGAUGGAAAAAGGGUGUUGCAAUCCUUGAUUUCAUCAUUAGGCUCGGAGCCAUUGGUUCUGCUCUUGGUGCUGCUGCCAUCAUGGGGAACAGUGAACAGAUACUUCCAUUCUUCACGCAGUUCUUUCAGUUUCAUGCUCAAUGGGAUGAUUUUCCAAUGUUCCAGUUUUUUGUGUUUGCAAAUGGAGCAGCAGGUGGAUUCCUCAUCCUCUCCUUGCCAUUUUCAAUUGUCUGCAUUGUUCGGCCUUACACAGUAGGGCCAAGGCUUCUACUUGUGAUCCUAGACAUAAAACUACAUGUUGCAGUUAAUGAUGGCUUUAGUGAUGGCAGCUGCUUCAUCUGCUGCAGCUGUUGUAUACUUGGCUCACAAUGGGAGCCAAGAUGCAAAUUGGAUAGCCAUUUGUCAGCAGUUCACUGACUUCUGUCAGGUUACCAGUGAGGCUGUGGUGGCUUCUUUCGUUGCAGCAUUUCUCUUAAUUUGCUUGAUUGUGGUGUCCUCUGUGGCUCUCAAAAGGGGUUAAAAAGAUAAAUUGGAUUGGAUGGUAAUGGUGGUGCUUGAUAGAAGUUACUCUUGUAUAAUUAUUAUUGUAAAGGUGUAUGAGUUCGAGGUGUAACUGAUGUGUGUUACAUUAAAGUUAAAAAUCAUGUUCAAGUUUGUGGUUCCUAAGUUCCAACAAAUUCUACAUUGUAAAUCUGAGUCCAAUGCUAAAAGCCUUCCUUCCUCAUACGGUUUUUUUUU